GGCUGUACGAAACUAUAAGAACUCUUGACACCUGGAGGCCAAUGCAACAGACGACAUGCUGCUGUGGAGUGCGGUGGUAAUUAUUUUCUGCGUCACCGUGACGCUGAAUGCGGAAUCGGUGAGCGCCGAAGGCGUGACAGUGGUAGAGGAUGAAUAUGGGACACUAGAUAAGCAGAUCGUCAAAAGGUACACAUUUUCCAAUGCGAACAAUAUGACUGCCAAAAUCAUUACGUACGGAGGCAGGAUCUCGGUCAUAAGGGUGCCUGAUGUGCACGGGGAGGUCCAGGAUGUCGUCCUUGGGUUCGACAACUUUGAAGGAUACCUCCAGCAGAACGACCCAUAUUUUGGCGCUGUUCUUGGGCGAGUGGCAAACAGAAUUGGAGGUGCAAAAUUCACUCUCAAUGGAGUUCAAUAUAAUGUGACACCAAAUAUGGGCCCAAAUCAGUUGCAUGGGGGACUGAGAGGUUUUGACAAAGUUGUGUGGGACUCAUACCUACACAAUAAAAAGCUUACCCUCAGUUAUGUCAGUGUGGAUGGUGAGGAAGGAUUCCCAGGAACUGUCCUCACACAAGUCACAUAUGAGCUCACGCCUGAAAAUGAGCUGAUCUUCAAAGUAAAAGCCACCACCACAAAACCCACACCCAUUAACAUCGCAAACCACGCAUAUUUCAACUUGGCCGGUCAGGCUUCUGGAUCUGAUGGACUAUUCCAACAUGUGGUAUAUAUUAAUGCAGAUCAGUACACGGUUACAAACAACCAGAGCAUACCAACUGGAGAACUAGCAUCUGUUGCUGAUACAGAUCUGGACUUUCGGACUCCACGUCAAGUGGGUCCACUGAUACAAAAGAGAGGUGGUUAUGACAACAACUACUGUAUAAACAUAGACAGAUACAGUAAUCCUGUUUUAGUGUCCAGAGUUGUACACCCUGAAUCAGGACGUUACCUGGAAAUCUACUCAGAUCAACCAGGAGUUCAGUUCUAUACAGGAAACAAUCUGCCCCAGGCAGGAUCUGACGAUCUGAUUGGCAAAGGCAGAGUCAACUAUCACCAGUAUGGGUCAUUUUCCCUUGAAACACAGAAUUAUCCAGAUGCUGUUAACCACGUAGGUGUCCGAAUACUGUUUAAUGCAUUCUUUCUUCAUAAACACCAUAAAGUCUAUAUUCAUAAGAUAAGAUCUCUUAUGGAGAUCAAAGUCAUUAGCAUCUCAUGCCAAAUGUCUUUGGAUCAGAAAAGAGUGAUUUCCUUUGCAUGCCAAGGGAAACCAUACAAAAUGUCAGUCAAAUCCUUCACCUCAUAUAAUUUCAGAGUUGUACACCCUGAAUCAGGACGUUACCUGGAAAUCUACUCAGAUCAACCAGGAGUUCAGUUCUAUACAGGAAACAAUCUGCCCCAGGCAGGAUCUGACGAUCUGAUUGGCAAAGGCAGAGUCAACUAUCACCAGUAUGGGUCAUUUUCCCUUGAAACACAGAAUUAUCCAGAUGCUGUUAACCACCCAAAUUUCCCCAGCAGUAUUUUAAACCCUGGCACCAUCUAUUCACACAUAACCAUCUACAAAUUUGGUACUACUGGUGAGAAGUAAACAAGAUGUAGCAACAUCAAGUAUCAUUAAGAAUUAAUGUUUUCAUCUACCUUAUAUCAUAUGAGUUGUAAUUCAUGAUAUUGUGAAUCAUUUUUACACAAUAUAUUUAAUCUUUAUUGUACAUGUUACAAAACUUUCUUGGGAGAAAAUAAUUCUUUCAUAAAAUGGGACAUCCCAGUAUUGUCAGGGAAAAACAUUAAAUGCAUACACAAUUUGUCAGAAAACCUCACAGAAAGAGAUCAUUUGGGAGAUCUUGAUACAGAUGGGUGGAUAACAAUAAAUUAAAUAUUAGAGAUAUAUGUUGUGAAGCUGUAAACUAGCUCAGUGGUUGGUUUCUAUGUGAAUUGAGAAUAGUGAUAAACAUUUGUGUUCUGUAACAACAAACUUUUUCUUGUUCAGAUGAAUUGCUGGCUUUACUUCUGUGAAUGAAAGAAAUGUACAAUAAUUUUGAAAUUACAAUCCAUUCCAUUGUG